UCUGAUUUUAACUCUUUACUUCCUGCUGAGAAUCCAUGGAUAAUAACCAUACCAUUUAGGGUAUCUGAUUUUAUGUUCUUGGGUUUCAUAAUAGAUUAUUAUUUCUUCCUUGCCAAAAAUUAUGACUGUUCAGAGAAGUGGCAGUUCCCCCUCAGUGUCACACUGCUGGCUUCCCAAGCAGCUGGAAUGACUGCUGCUCUCAAGGCCUCCCUGGGGAUCUCUCUGCAGUGGAAAAUUCUCAGCCUCUACUGGAGUUUAGCAACAGUAAGGAGAAACAAAGGAAAUGCCAUUUUCCAAAAUCAAGUAGACUAAGACUCCUCCUAUCUUUCCAUAUACUCGCACUGCCUUCUGCCUUCUCUCAGGACGCUUCACUACGUAAAGAGCAACUGUAUCAGACAGAGAACCCUGCUACGGUUGGAACCCAGGUACACAGCUCAGUGCAGAGUAAUCAUUGCGAGCCGAGCUCCUUCCCUGAAUGAAUCCAAGUAACCCCAGUGGUUGCCUUCUGAAAUGACCAGCAGACACGCCACUGUACAGAGACUGCCCAAAGUAUAAACUCUGUUUCUAAGGUACCAUGUCCAGCCAAGGAAAUCCUGGUGCAGAGUUUUCUACGACAACAGUCAGUUCAGUAGCUGUGCAGGCUGGGGACUCCAAAAUCAUUAUAGCUGUCGUAAAGUGUGGCAAAUGGGUACAACUUCAAUUGGCUGAAUCACAGCCCAAUCUUCUAGAAAUUGGUAGCAGUCAAGAUGAAACCAAAAAACUUCUUCAUGAUCAUGAACUUCUUUUGGCGAAGCUCAAGGCUUUGGAAGAUCGUGUAUGGGACCUCUUGCAGGAAGCAGACAAGACAGCUGAGGAGAACCAGGAUCAGAGUCAGGUGUAUGACGCCAUGGCUGAGACUCUGGGUGAAGCAUGGGCCGCCCUGGUCUCCAUGCUUGAAAGAAGAAGGGAGCUCCUUAGGUUGACUUCUGAAUUUUUUGAAAAUGCCUUAGAGUUUGCUAUUAAAAUAGAUCAAGCUGAAGAUUUUCUCCAGAAUACCCAUGAAUUUGAGAGUGCUGAGUCCUUAAAAUCACUUCUUCAGCUUCAUGAACAUCACACUAAAGAACUCUUAGAACGAUCUCUAGCCCUUUUAAACAAAAGUCAACAACUCACGGACUUCAUAGAAAAAUUCAAGUGUGAUGGACCUAACGUCAAUCCCGAGUUGAUUCAGGGAGCUCACAGCAGCUGUCUGAAGAUCGACAGCCUUCUCGAACUUCUGCAGGACAGGAGACGGCAACUAGACAAGUACCUGAAGCAACAGUGGCAAGAAUUGGGUCAGGUUCUGCAGAUAUGUCAGUGGGAACAACAAGAAAACCAGGUUACUUGCUGGUUUCAGAAAACCAUCAGAGAUUUACAGGAACAAAGUCUAGGUUCAUCUCUUUCAGACAAUGAGGAGCUAAUUCGUAAGCAUGAGGAACUGAUAAUAAAAGCAAAGGAAUGGAACUCUGCCAUUGAGAAGCUGAAGAGUGAGGCACUGGGAAUCUUGCUGUCAAAGGACCAUGUGGAGAAAGAACAUCUGCAACUCUCUAAUCAGAAACUGAACCGACUUCAGAAAGAAUUUGAUCAACUCACGGUGGAAAGGAAUACCUGGUUAAAAAAGGCGAAUGAUUUUUUUAACAGUGCUAACAAGGCAUUUGAUGUACUUGGAAGAGUCGAAGCUUACCUUAAGCUCCUUAAAUCAGAGGGUUUAAGUCUGCCCAUCUUGGCAGUGAGGCACGCGGAAUUACACAGAGAAAUUAAAGACUGCACAGCUGAUGCUUUGCAAAAGGGACAAACCUUAAUCAGCCAACUAGACUCCCGCAGCUCUCGGGUGACCGGAGUCCAUGAGAUGAUGGGGUGCAUAAAGAGACGAGUGGAUGACCUGACCCAGCAGUGUACAGCGCACAAGGAGUUUGCUCUUAAAAAACAACAAUUAACAGCCUCAGUGGAGGGCUACCUAAGGAAGGUGGAAAUGUCAAUUCAGAAAAUCAGUCCAGUACUUUCUAAUGCAAUGGAUGUUGGUUCCAGCCUUUCUGAUUCAGAGAAGACUUUGAAUGAUUAUCUGGACCUAGAUAUCCAAGUUAAGGAGACAUCACAUGAAUUAGAAGCAGCUGCAAAAAUCAUGACAGAGAAAAAUGAAUUCGAACCUAAUGAAGUGGCAUCACUUUCUUCUAAAAUUAAAUGGUUAGAGGAAGAAUUAAACAUAUUUGGCCAAAGCAUCAGGUCCAGGUCACGAGUCCUGCACACUUGCGUGGCAUUUCUAAAGUCAUCAGAGGAGGUGGAAGUUCAGUUUCAGAGCCUAAAGGAGUUUUAUCAAACUCAAAUCCCUCAGAAGAUAGAGGAUGAUACUAAAGCCAAGUAUUGUUCUGACUCAGCUGAGCAGCGAUGGCAGCUAUUUUUAAAGAAGAGUUUUUUAACUCAAGACCUAGGGCUUGAGUUCCUUCAUUUAAUAAAUAUGGCAAAAGAGAAUGAGAUAUUAAAUGUGAAAAAUGAAACGCACAUCAUGGAGAACAUUGUGGAAAACUGGAAGGCAAAAAGGGAAGAACUCAGCCUCCUUCGGCUGGUAUGGCAACUUAAAGCCACUGAGGGCAAGCCUGUGAAACUGCAGUGGGGCGCAUUCAAAGAGCAACUUAAAAAGACUACUCACAACUUAAAGCUUCUUCAGGAGGCCCUUAUGCCUGUGUGUGCACUUGACCUUGGAGGAAGCCUCCAGACCAUUUUAGAUCUACGGAAAAAAUGGAAUGAAAUGAAGCCUCAGUUCCAGCAAUUGAAAGACGAGGUUCUGUACAUUAUGAAAGAAUCAGAAGAGUUAAGUGUCAAAGGAGCCCCUGUGAAAGAGAAGUCCCAACAACUGAAGGACCUUAUUCACCUCCAUGAAAAACAGAAGGAGAGAAUCCAAGACUAUGAGGAUAUCCUGUACAAAGUGGUCCAGUUCCACCAAGUCAAGGAAGAGCUGGGACAGCUCAUCAAAUCAAGAGAUCUGGAGCUUCUAGAGCAGCUGAAGGAACUGGGUGAUGCUCAUGAGAUUCAGAGUCACCUCCGUCGCUCGCAGGAAAAGCAGGCACACGUGGACCAUCUCUAUAAACUGGCCCUUUCCUUUGGAGUGGACAUCAUCUCAUCAGUGCAGCGGCCUAGCUGCUCUAACGUCUCUGCAAAGAACCUACAGCAGCAGCUGGAGACCCUUGAGGAGGACAGCCUGAACUGGUGUGCCAGAGCUGGGGAGUAUGAACAGACCCUGUCCCGCAGCUUGGAGUACUGUGCCACAAGGGAUGAGAUAAACGAGCUCAAAGAGUCAUUCAAAGAUAUCAAAAAGAAAUUCAACAAUUUGAAGUUUAACUACACUAAGAAAAACGAAAAAGCUCGGAAUCUGAAGGCUCUUAAGUAUCAAAUUCAACAAGUUGAUAUGUAUGCUGAAAAAAUGCAGGCUUUGAAAAGGAGAAUGGAAAAAGUUAAUAAUAAAACUUCUGAUUCUUUCUUAAAUUAUCCAACUAAUAAAGUAAAUGUCCUUUCGGAGGCCAUAAAGGAUUUGCAAAAACACGUGGAUGACUUUGACAAAGUUGUGACAGAUUACAAGAAAAAUUUGGACUUGACUGAGCAUCUCCAGGAAGUGGUGGAAGAGUGUCACUUUUGGUAUGACGAUGCAAGUGCCACAGUUGUAAGAGUUGGGAAAUAUUCCACAGAGUGCAAGACAAAGGAAGCAGUGAAAAUUCUCCACCAGCAGUUCAAUAAAUAUAUUGCGCCCGCAGUGCCUCAGCAAGAAGAAAGGAUUCAGGAGGCCAGUGACCUUGCUCAGCGCUUAUAUGGUGUGGAAGAAGGGCAGAAAUAUGUUGAGAAAAUAGUGGCAAAACACAAAGAAGUUCUUGAAUCCAUUACUGAAUUAUGUGCGUCUCUCACAGAGCUUGAAGAAAAACUGAAGCAGGGAGACGUUUUAAAGAUGAGUCCGCACUUGGAAGACUUCUAUGACGAUUGCAUUGACCUAUUAAAGGAACAAACAAGAAAUAAGCAGACAAUAUUCAGUGAAGAAAGGAAUAAGGGGCAGGUGCAGGUGGCAAAUGUGCCCAUCGGUGGAACAGGGGGAGAUGGGCUUCCAGGGGACCAACAGCAGCUGUCUGCUCCCAAAGAGGGCGGCAUCCAGGGCCCACUCCCGCCUGAAGACAUGCUGUCAGAAUACGAGUGUGUCUCACCUGACGACGUCUCCUUGCCGCCCCUCCCGGCAAGCCCUGAGUCCCUCCUUGCACCAUCUGACAUGGAGGUGGAGGAGCCUCCCAGCUCCUCCCUCGGCCUUUUCAUAAGCAGCCCCGGGAUGCAGGUGGAGGCCAGCAGUCCAGAGGAGGCCCAGGAAUCUGUUCUUCCACCACCUGUUGCUUUUGCUGAUGCAUGCAAUGACAAAAGAGAAACAUUUUCAAGUCAUUUUGAAAGGCCUUCCCUCCAAGCCAAAGCUGAGCCCUCAUUAGCCUCCGGAGGAUUUCUGGAAAAGAGUACUGCCUUGCACAAAAUCAGUGCAGGGCAUCCAGAGAGCAUGCCGAGUGAAGCGCAUGAGAGAGCUUUACCGCAGCACCCUCAGGCUCAGGGCCGUUUGCUAGAGACGCAGGAGGAAAUGCAUGCUGAUCAUAACUCCACUAAAACCCGGGCCAGGCUGCAUGCUUCCCCCCAUGUGUCCUCGGGCCUCAGGUUUCAAUCAGGCACCAGCCGGGGCUAUCAGAGUCAAAUGGUUCCCCAAGAAGAGAUUAAAAGCACAUCAGCAAAGAACAGCGUGGUCAGCACAGCUGACCAGGCACCUAAUUUCUCCAGGCUCCUGUCUAAUGUAACUGUUAUGGAAGGUUCUCCAGUGACUUUGGAAGUUGAAGUAACAGGAUUUCCAGAGCCUACACUGACAUGGUACAAGAAGGGCCAGAAAUUGUUCGCAGAUGGGCACUUGCAGGUUUUACACAAGGAGACGAUGCAUUCGGUGUUCAUUCCGAAGGUGUGCAAGGCAGACGCAGGCCUCUAUGUGGCUCGGGCCCAAAACCCUAGCGGCACUCUCUCUUCCAGUGUCAUCCUCCACGUGACAGGUAACCGCAGGCCACCAAUCACAAGAAUAAACUGGAUAACCCUGUGUGUCAUCUAUGUCAGCGUGUCCCUAAUGUACUGGCUAUUCACGCAGUGACUGUGGUGUUGGCACUGAUGGAUGUCAUUCUCAGGCACCUGAAGGACAAUGCAGCUGUUUAUUUCCCUGCACCUCCCGCAAAGCAGCCCCCACCAAAUGCAUCUUCAGCCUGGCCAUCUUGCUUGUUUGGCUAAUGCCACCUCCAGGUGAAAUAAUCAAAUUUUCUCUAGUGCUUAAUGUAUCUGAGGAACGUGGUAAAUUAUUGGCAGUAGAUAAGGUGCAUAUUUUUGUACUCUAGAAAGAGAUGUGUUCUAUAUAAUAUGCAGGAAAAUAUGCCAUGUUUAUUCCCUCCCAAUUUAAGGCUGGCAUCAGCAUAGAGUUGUGAGGUAAAUUUCAAAUCCAGUUGUUUGAUCAUUUAUUAAUUAUACUCAGAGACAUCUCUUUGUAGAGAGUAAUAGUAAAAACAUUGAACUGACAUUGUCUUGUUGCAUUAGCUGUCCUUUAAUUUUCUUUUUCAUGUCUUGAUCUCAUUUAUUGAAAUACCUUCUAUGUAAUUUCAACAUAGACUACAUUCCUGAGUCUGAGGAUAUCACUGUAAAUAAUCACUCCUCAUGUUGAUCUGACGAGUUUGACAUUGGAGAACAGAUGUGCUGUCAACGUUAGAUGGAGUUUCCAUCUUCCAUCAGCUCUGCGUGUCGUACGGAAAGAUGUGAGGCGGGCUGCAGGUGUGGACCAACAUGAUUCCUGCCAUUCUGCUGAUGCGCUUUGGGCAGCCGCGUGUACAACUGCACCCAGCCCCUUCUGCUUCUAACCUUCAUUCUGCUGCUGACCGUUGCUUCCGUCUGCAGCAAGCAUCUCACUGCCUCAGUUUCCCACCUGGAAAAUGAGUUCAUCAUCUACCUCCUGGGCAAUUGAGAGUUUUCAUUUUGUGCCUUGUAAAGAUCUGGAAAAUGAAAAGCUCACUAUGAGGGCUAAGGGUAAUUAUAUUGUUUAAUGUAAUUUGUCAUCACCCUGGCCUCUUGCCCACGAUAUCUUUUUUUAGACGCUGUUACUUUAGAAUAUUAAAUUAAAGGAGUGCUGUUAAUAUGUAAUUUCCAACUAUUCUCAUGGGGGAAAAUGAUGUUUUAUGAAUUGGAGCUUAAAUUCCUUUCUAAUUUCUUAAGAUUACAUCCUUUCUAAAGACUUGAAAUUAAACUCAGGAGGAUACAUUUAGUAUAUUCUGGAUGUAGGGGAAGUGUGUAAUCAGAUGGUAUAAGAUGAAUUCUAUUUUUUUUAUAAUUAUCACUGUAAUAUUAAAGAAUGUUUUAUGCCUUUCUAAAAUGCAUUGUUCAGAAAAGAGCAUUUUUUUUGCUUCCUUUUAAAAAUAAACAUGAAUAAGAGAGGUAUUUGUUUUCUAGAUUUUAAAUGUAGUCUUGUCAUGCUAGGAAAAAAUCUUUAGUUGAAAGAAUAAUUCAUUACAGAUUUUUGAUGAAGGGAAGGAAUUAAUUAUGUUGCUGGAAGACUGUCUGCAAAUAAUCAAAAUAUUUAAAUGUAAUAUAUUCAAGUUGAUAUUAAAGUUACUGAAUGUUAUCUGAAGAUGUGAAAUGUGUAGUCAAGUAAAAAGUUGGCAUAUUCUUUCUUGUGUUGCAUAUUGAAUUUAAUUAAAAAAUUAAAUUUC